CCGAGCCCGAGCCGAGCGGGCGGCGCCAUGGCGUGCGCUGGGCUGCUCGCCGUGUGCCUGCUCCGGCCGCCCGCGCCCCAGCCCCUGCGGCGCCCCGAGCCCACGCCCGACGCCGGGCCUGCCGGACACGCGCUCUUCCAGGACGUUUUCCGCAGAGCAGACAAGAAUGAUGAUGGUAAGCUCUCAUUUGAGGAAUUCCAGAAUUACUUUGCCGAUGGGGUUCUCAGCCCAGGGGAGCUGCGGGAACUGUUCAGCGGCAUUGAUGGGCAUUUCACCGACAAUUUAGAAACGGAAAAACUGUGUGACUACUUCUCAGAACACCUGGGUGUCUACCGGCCUGUGCUGGCGGCGCUGGAGUCGCUGAAUCGUGCAGUGCUCACUGCCAUGGACGCCACCAAGCUGGAGUAUGAGCAGGCCUCCAAGGUGGACCAGUUCGUGACACGCUUCCUGCUGCGGGAGACAGUGAGCCAGCUACAAGCCCUGCAGAGCUCACUGGAGGGGGCAUCAGAUACCCUGGAGGCCCAGGCCCGUGGCUCGAGGUCAGAUGAAGAGAGUGUGGAAGCGCAGAGCAGGCCCCAUGGCAGCCGGCGGGCAGGGCGCAGGGCCCUGAAGAGCAUCAGUCGGUCACCCAGCUGGUCUCCUGGCUCCUCUGACAAAGGGCGGAGCUCAGAGGCCGAGAUGCAAUGGCGGCUCCAGGUCAACCGUCUCCAGGAGCUCAUUGACCAGCUCGAGUGCAAGGCCCCUCGGCUGGAACCCCUGCAUGAAGAGGACCUGGCUAAGGGGCCUGACUCGCACAUCUUCGUGGCCCAGAGACAGGUCCAGGUGGCAGAGGAAGCCCUGCAGGACUUCCACCGAGCCCUGUGCUGCUAUGUGGACUUCACAGGGGCCCAGAGCCACUGUCUGCAUGUGUCUGCCCAGAAGAUGCUGGACAGCGCCUCCUUCACCCUGUAUGAAUUCUGGCGGGAUGAGGCCUCCUGGAGAAGGCACCAGCAGUCGUCCUGCAGUAAGGCCUUCCAGCGCACCCUCAUUGACCACCUGCGGGCUCCGGACACCCUCAGCACUGUGUUCUUCCCAGCCUCCUGGUGGACUGUGGAUAAUAACUGAGCCUGAGCUGCAUAACCAAGGACCCUGGGGCCCUGCCUGCCUCCUUUGGGAACCUCUGGACUGGUCAGCUCAGCACCAAGACCAAGGAUCCCGCCUCCUUCUAGGCCUGGGCCAGGCCCGCUGGCACAGGGUCUCUCAGCUUGGGGAUCAGGGACUGGGCCGCUUGCUUUCUAUUUAUUUAUUUAUUUAUCACAGCAUAUUUUGUUGUUUAUAGCUUUAGUCUCCAUGGCACUUUGGCUUCUGCCUGGCUCAGGAGGCCUGGAUUCUGGUCCCCUCUGCCCCUGCCUUGCUGUGUGACCCAGGGCAGCUCCCUCCCCUCUCAGUGUGGCCCUCAGGCCAUCUGGCUGCCUAGUGGGUGUCCUGCUUUCUUCCUGCUAUCUCGGGACCAGGC